GCUUAAAAAUAAAAAAGGACCGUUACAUUCAGAAGCCCUAACUACACCCUCCAUCCCUCCCGUUCUAACUUCGAAAAAACAUCUUCUUUUUUGUUCAUCAAGCUCCUCAAUCUCCAUGAACAACAUGAAACCCUAGCCCUAGAUCCUCCCUAAACCACCACCAAUGUCACUCUUCGGCGAUGACGUCAACUACAAUCUCGAGUUCCGAUCUACCAAAGACGACGGCUGGUAUCACUGCGGCGUCGUUUUAGAACACCGAAACCGUCUCCGCGUAAAGUUUAAGCACUUCGAUCAGAUCUGCAACGAUGAGGUUUUCUCCGUCUCCGAUUUCUCAACAAACGACGACGUUUCGAAGUUUCUUCAGAGAUUCCGGCCGGAAUCCGAGCCGAUCGGAGAUAAUCGAUGCUCUAGGGUUUCUGAAGGGUUAAUGGUUUCUGCUGCGUGUACUGGUGGUAAUCAUUUGCGUAAAUUUGACGCCGUUGUUGAGGCUGUGAUUAAGAAAAAACACUCGCCCGAGAAGUGUUUAUGCACCUGUUUACUAUUCUGGCAGCAUGGUCCGGAAGAAGGCCAUACAACAAGAACAAAUCUUUCUAGUGUAUACCUCAUUAAGUCCGGUUCUGUUGAUCCCACAGUGCUCAACUUUACAAAACUUGUGAAAGAAAAAGUCAACAGGGCCUCUAUCGAGUUUACUCUGAUCCCCAAGAAUCCAUAUUUGUUCAAAGGAACAAGCUCAAAUGAAAAUAUCACUAAACCACAGGACUUUGGCUCUGUGGGACACAGUUCCCAUGAUGGAUUCUCUGCAGGUUUUGUGAUUUUACCAAACAUUGUCGUAAGAGUAAAGUACACGGAUGGUCCCUUAGGCAGUGAAGGAUUUUUCCCUGUAAGCGAUCAGGGAUGCGAGAAAGAAACCGGCAAUCAGCAUUAUCUUAUAUUGGAAAACUUGGAGACAGAUUUAUGUCCAUUGUUCCUGAUCGAUUUCAUUCAUGAACAGACAUUAAUCACAGCUCAAGCAUACAUUAUUCCACAUCUGUUAUCAGAAACAUGUGCAAGGGCAGCAAUUGUUGUAGAUAAGAAAACAGAACUGGAGACGAUUUAUAAAUUUCUAAAUAAUCCAAAUCACAUUAUCGUAUCUUCCUCCGGAAGACCAUGGGUAUUAGCUGAAGAUAAGGUUAGAACUGGAUCAUUCAGCACAAACCUGCACGGUUUCCCGCCUAUGUCCGAGAAGGGGAACAUGAAGAAGGAUUUGAAGGUUGUUAAGUUAGGAACAGAAGAAUACACAAAAGCUAAAAAACAAAAAGAUUUGUAUAUGGUAUUUCGCAAUCAUCUUAAUGAUGUUGUACAAAGGUUAGCUAUGGAGGAGGAGAUCAUAAACAAUGGCCCAGCCCAAUAACUCAUUUUAGUGCAAACUAGUUUUUUUCCUGCAAAUUGUAAUUAUGCAGUAUCUAACGGUUAACAAUAUUUAUUAACUUGUUUCAUGUCAUUAGUUAGGCAUGAAAAUACAUGGGAGCACGGCCCAAAGUGGAUUUAUA